AUGGACGCAAUACGCGUCCCAAAGGUCACAGAUGUUCAGAUCUAUCGACCCGGUUCAGGAGCGCGAGCUCGAGCAAAUGGAACGGUUCAUUUGACCGCACAUCAUCUUAUUUAUACAUAUUCUACAUCCAAGUCAACUUCUGCCGAUGGCGAGGCCGACGAGGAAGAGAUGUGGGUCCCAUACCCGCUGAUCAAUCAACUGACACGACUACCGCAAACGCUACAAGGCCUCUCGCCACUGGCUUUCCGCACACGAACGUUCGAGGCAUUCACGCUCUUCUUUCCACGCGAUACAGAUGCCACCCAGGUUUUUGAUACAGUCAGAGAACUCACAGUGGUCGCGUCGGUGACUCAUCUUUAUGCAUUCUUCAACGAGCCAGAUUUCCCUAUCUCCCCUGAUGGAAACAAUGGAUGGAAAUUGUAUGAUGCCCAAGAAGAGUUUACGCGAAUGGGCGUCGGAGCGCGAAGUAAAGCCUGGAGGUUUACUGAGAUCAACAACGACUACUCGGCAAGUCAAAGGGGUGAUUGUGCGCGUUUUGCUCCUACCUAUCCUGCGAAGCUCGUUGUCCCAGCUCGCAUCGGAGACGCAACGCUGACUUAUGCCGGAAAAUAUCGAAGUAAAGCCCGUAUUCCAACGCUAUCUUAUCUCCACUGGUCCAACUUUGGGAGCAUCACCAGAUGUAGCCAACCGCUUGUAGGGAUCACGCAGAACCGGUCGAUACAAGACGAAAAGCUCGUUGAAGCCAUAUUCCAAUCUCACCUCUCUGCUGAACCGUCAAAAGAUUCACCAAUGAUCUACGGUGCAACCUGCACGAACGUGAUCAUUGAUGCCCGACCUACCGCAAAUGCAAUGGCAAACGUUGCACAAGGAGGUGGAUCUGAGAAUAUGGAUCACUACAAAGGUGGCACAGGCACCGGAUUCGGUGUUACAAAGAAGGCCUAUCUGGGCAUUGAGAAUAUACACGUCGUGCGGGAUUCGCUCAACAAAGUCGUAGAGGCACUUCGCGAGGCCGACGGAGCCGCCGAGCCAACAUUAGAUGGCGCUGCUUUUCUCGACGCGACUGGAGCGGACAGCCUAGGUUUGGUUGACCGUCAUGCCUUGCGGAGAAGUGGGUGGCUCAGACAUCUUUCAUCCAUUCUUCAAGGCACCCUGAUUGUCGUGCGGACCGUUCACAUUGCCUCUUCCCAUGUCCUCGUCCAUUGUUCCGACGGGUGGGAUCGGACAGCCCAAAUCACUGCACUCGCCCAACUCUGCCUGGACCCUUAUUAUCGUACAAUACGCGGCUUCAUGGUUCUCAUCGAGAAGGAGUGGUGCAGCUUUGGCCACAAGUUUUUGGAUCGAUGCGGACACCUUUCGUCUGAAAGGUUCUUCAUCGGAGGGAGCAGUGCGGCCGAACGAGCAGCUGAAGCAGGAGAUGAAGGCGGUGGCGGAGGAGCAGGAGCCUUCAUUGCUGGCUUCCGAGAUCGAAUAUCCAACCCAUCUCACAUCAAGGAGAUGUCACCAGUCUUUCAUCAGUUCCUAGAGUGCGUCAGGAACAUCCAGCGACAAUUCCCGGACCGGUUCGAGUACAAUGAACUGUUCCUGCGUAACAUUCAUCGACAGCUCUACGCCUGCGAGUAUGGCACCUUCCUCUUCAACUGCGAGAGAGAACGCAAAGUCAGCUUGGAUGGUGCGAGCUCUUGGAGCGGUAUUCAGAAGACGAAGAGCGUUUGGGAGUGGUUCCUGUCUGAAGGGAACAUGAAAGGAGAUAGGUGGCUUAACCAAACAUAUAACAAAUCUCUGGAUGAUGUGAAGAAUGGCGCCGGUGAUAUGGGUGUCCUCAUCCCCAGUGCAAAGGACGUUCGCUUCUGGAAUGAACUCUAUGGAAAAACGGACGAAGAGAUGAACGGAAAGGUGGUUGCUCCCCAACCGGAUCCCGAGUUCAAAGUGGUCGAGGAAGAAAAGGAUGACACUGUCCUAGUUCAGGGAGUAGCAAAAGCCGUGGGAAGUCUCGCCUUGGGAAAGGACGGAGACAGCAGUCUCGUAUCGUCUAGGAAUGGUACACCAAUACCAGCCAUGAGUCUAUCAUCCUCAUUUACAGGCUCCCGACCGUCCUCAGCUCUCAGCGGCCUCUCGCGAGAGCAGAGCCCAGCGAUUCUACCUGUUGAACCUUCAACAUCACCAGCUUCAAAGACCUCGCCUACCGAGGUUCGACCAUUGGCCGGAAGACAAGAGUCAUUCCGACCCUUCAACUCGUCGACAUCCGCUUUCUCCCUUCGCUCAUCACCGACGACACAACCGAAAUCUGUGCCACCUGUGGAUUCAUACCCCUCACCAGAUCCAUAUGUCAAGCCUGCGGCGAAUCCGUACUCAUCGCUGUACGAACGGCCGGCACCACCACCUGUCAGCAGUCGAACAAACCCAAAUGCGCAAGGGUAUAGUUUUGGCUCUCAGAGCUUUAGUACUGCUUCACUUGCUGACGGCCUCGCUGGCUUUGCAAACAACGCCGGAGGGGGGAUGAAAUCGAUAUGGGGGAGACUAAGCUCGAAUGCCUCUGCAGCAUUCUCUGCUGUUCAGGAUGCAACAAAGGACCUUAGAGCUGCAGGACCUAGCGGUAGCGGCUCUUUCGGUGGCUAUGGAGGAAGUGGGUCCAAUGAACCGCGACGAGAGAGUGCGCUCGGUCCCUCUACAUGGACCGCCAGCCAGGAGCCGGCAACUAUUCGACCAAAGCCACGAGUUGGAACGUUGGACGGCAAUCCCUGGGCGACAUCUGCAGGGACAAAGAGACUUGAAGAUGAAUGGCAAACCAACAUAACCCGACCUCUGGGCAACAGUACAUUCUCUCAACACCCCCUCGAGGCCAGGAGCUCUGUCCCUAUCGUGGCGCCCGCGCCUCGACACGCUCCGAACACGGGGUUACCUACCUCGUCGACACUGGAAGCCACACCAGGGAUGAAGCCGAAGUCUCCCCCCAUCAGCAGCGACCCGCUGGGUGUUGGGUUGUAG